CGUUGCACGCCGGGAGCUGUGGUCAGCGGCGCGUUGCCCUGACGCCGGCCAGGCCGGGCGUGGGGGCCUGUGGGAGGUGGAGCGGCCUGGGCCAGCUGCGGGGCGGAGGCGGAGGAGAGGCAGGCCGGCGCGGCGAGCAGAAACCAUGUCGGUGUUCGGGAAGCUGUUCGGGGCUGGUGGGGGUAAGGCCGGCAAGGGCGGCCCGACCCCCCAGGAGGCCAUCCAGCGGCUGCGGGACACGGAGGAGAUGCUCAGCAAGAAGCAGGAGUUCCUGGAGAAGAAGAUUGAGCAGGAACUGACGGCCGCCAAGAAGCACGGCACCAAAAACAAGCGCGCGGCCCUCCAGGCACUGAAGCGCAAGAAGAGGUAUGAGAAGCAGCUGGCGCAGAUUGAUGGCACGCUGUCCACCAUUGAGUUCCAGCGGGAGGCCCUGGAGAACGCCAACACCAACACCGAGGUGCUCAAGAACAUGGGCUACGCCGCUAAAGCCAUGAAGGCUGCGCACGACAACAUGGACAUCAAUAAAGUUGAUGAGUUAAUGCAGGAUAUUGCUGACCAGCAAGAACUUGCAGAGGAGAUUUCCACAGCUAUUUCCAAACCUGUAGGGUUUGGAGAAGAGUUUGAUGAGGAUGAGCUCAUGGCGGAAUUAGAAGCACUAGAACAGGAGGAGCUAGACAAGAAUUUGCUGGAGAUCAGUGGUCCCGAAACAGUUCCUCUACCAAACGUUCCCUCGAUAGCCCUACCAUCCAAACCCACCAAGAAGAAGGAAGAGGAAGACGAAGACAUGAAGGAGUUGGAGAACUGGGCUGGAACCAUAUAACUGGCCCAGAGCGGCUGGGCCCAGACAGACUCUGAUGGCCUGCGCAGCGGGUGGGCAGCAGGCGGGAAGGUGCGGGUCGGGCCGGCGGCCUCGCGCGCUCGAAUCUCACUCCACGGCAGUGGCUGCAUCGC